UGGCAGGGGAGAGCCUCUGAUGGGCCUGAGGAGGCAGUUUGAUGCAGCCCGGACUGACUUUUUUAUAUAUAUAUAUAUAUUUUUUUACCUUUUGGAGCCACUCCUGGGAGAAAGUUGAAGAGGUGCACGUCUUUCAGCAAGUCCACUUGAAUCUGUCAACCGGCAGACAACACAAAACGUUGCGCUGAAACCCACCAUGGGCAAGACGGGACAUAGUACGGUGGACCUGAACUCCCCGUCUGACGUCAAACAAGCGGUUCCCUUCGAGGAACUGGACCUGGCGUCUCCCCCUAUGGACCGAGAGACGAAAGAGGAGGAGCCCCCUGAUCGAGGAAGCUGGAAGGGCAAAUUUGACUUCCUGCUGUCCUGCGUGGGAUACGCCAUCGGCUUAGGGAACGUGUGGAGGUUCCCGUAUUUGUGCGGCAAAAACGGCGGAGGAGCCUUCCUGAUCCCGUACUUUAUGACGCUGGUGUUUGCUGGCAUGCCGCUCUUCUUCCUGGAGACGUCCCUGGGACAGUUCACCUCGGUGGGAGGCCUGGGAGUGUGGAAGCUCAUGCCCAUGAUGAAAGGGGUGGGUCUGGCUGCAGUGGUUCUGUCCUUCUGGCUCAACAUCUACUACAUCAUCAUCAUCGCAUGGGCACUCUACUACUUGUUCAACUCCUUUGGUUCGGAGCUCCCAUGGCAAAACUGCGACAAUCCCUGGAACACGGAUCAAUGUUUCUGCAACUACAGCCUGACGGACACCACCAACCUAACCAGCGCCGUCACAGAGUUCUGGGAGCGAAACAUGCACCAGCUGUCCGGUGGUCUGGAGGAGCCAGGAGAGCUGCGUUGGCCCCUGGUGGGCACCCUGGCACUGGCUUGGGUCCUCGUCUAUUUCUCAAUCUGGAAGGGAGUGGAGUGGACGGGGAAGGUGGUGUACUUCUCAGCCACUUAUCCUUACUUCAUGCUCUUCAUCCUGUUCUUCCGAGGCGUCACCCUGCCUGGAGCCAUCGACGGCAUCCGCUUCUACAUCACCCCGGACUUCAAUAAGCUCACACGCUCGGAGGUGUGGUUGGACGCCGCCACUCAGAUCUUCUUCUCGUACGGUCUGGGCCUGGGCUCGCUCAUCGCCCUGGGGAGCUACAACAACUACAACAACGACGUCUACAAAGACUCCAUCAUCGUGUGCUGCAUCAACUCCUGCACCAGCAUGUUUGCAGGCUUCGUCAUCUUCUCCAUCGUGGGCUUCAUGUCCUUCAUCACCAAGAAGCCCGUGCAGGAACUCGCCGCUUCAGGUCCCGGUCUGGCGUUCUUGGCCUACCCUCAGGCGGUCACCCAGCUGCCCAUGUCGUCUCUGUGGGCCAUCCUCUUCUUCUCCAUGCUCAUGAUGCUGGGCUUAGACAGUCAGUUCUGCACGGUGGAAGGUUUCAUCACAGCUCUCAUGGACGAGUAUCCCCUUCUGCUGAGGAAGAGGAAGAAGGUCUUCAUCCUCAUCGUGUGCUUCAUCUCCUUCAUCAUCGGCUUCUCCAACAUCACGCAGGGGGGACUGUACGUCUUCAAGCUCUUCGACUACUACUCGGCCAGCGGGAUGUGCCUCCUUUUCCUCGUCUUCUUCGAAACGGUCUCCAUAGCUUGGUUGUACGGGGCCGAGAGGUUCUACAAGGACAUCGAGGACAUGAUCGGCUAUCGCCCGUGCGCCUGGUGGAAACUUUGCUGGAUGUAUUUUACGCCGCUCAUCUGCCUGGGCGUGUUCACCUUCAGCGCGGUGGAGAUGACGCCUCUGACUCUGGGAAAGUACGUUUAUCCUGUUUGGGGUCAAACCGUGGGCUGGUUGAUGGCUACGUCCUCCAUGGUGCUCAUCCCGGGUUACGUCGUCUACAUGUUCUGCAGCACGCCGGGAACCCCCCAGCAGCGCUGGAAGAGGAUGACAACGCCCCGGCAGGACAAAGCAUCAGGUCACGACCUUAGUACUCACACUGUUGGCGAAGCCCCUGUCUAACACUCGCUAUACAAAUAUUCUAUAUAUAUAUAAAUAUUCACCUUAAACUUCUUAAUUGUUCACUGCUUCAACGUGCAAACUACGACAGCAAGUGUCAUUAAAAGUCAAUAAUGUUUUUUUUUUGUUUACGUGAAAGAACAAAUGACAAAAACAAUU